CUGGUCCGGCCGUUCUGCCGCGCAGCUCCGUCUUUGUUCGUGGCUCAAAGGGAGGGUGGUGAGAGACGGAGCAAGCUCUAACGUGGCACAGCACAAGGAGCACAUCUUUCCCACCAAACCCAAAGGCUUGCUUACCUUCAGCUGAGUGCAUCCAAGAGCCCAGGCGAGAAGUGAGCCAGCAUGGAAGAACGUGGCAAUUCUCCAAGGCCUUAGCAGGUUCUAUAAUAAUCGAUGUUUUUUGCCCAUGAGUCACAAUUCAUCUCUAAUCUUCCUCGGGGGAGGUGGGAUUUGCUAUCUUUAGUGCUCACGACUGCUGCUUUCCCGGGCUGAGCAUCCCGCUGAGCCUGGACUCCUGCUGCAGGGAUGCUGACCUGGCAGCCAGCUGCCUUUCCAUCCUGCUCCCUGUUUGUGUAGCCCUCAGCACCAGCUGGCUUUGUGCAGUGGGUGCCGCAGUAUAAAUCAUGUUAAUUCCUGAGAUGCUUUUCCGCGAUAGACAGCUCCAAAAGGAUGCUCGGGCACUGGUGAGGGGAGAUUUGCCUGCUGGAGGAUGGGGUGCACAGGGCUGGGCUGUCUGGCAGCGCUGGCCGUGCUCUGCAGGGCUCUCGGGGAUGCUCCCAGCAGAGGCAUCAAAUGUGGGGGAGUACUUUCAGCACCCUCUGGCAAUUUCUCCAGCCCCAACUUCCCGGGGCUGUACCCCUACGAGACAGAGUGCACGUGGCUCAUCGUGGUGGCCGAGGGCUCCUCCGUCCUGCUCUCCUUCAGCCACUUCGAGCUGGAGUACCACGACACCUGCGCCUACGACUACCUCCAGGUCUACAACGGGGCUGCCCGGGACCGGGGCAACCUCCUGGGCACCUUCUGUGGCCACAGCCCCCCGCCACCCUUCUCCUCCGCCUGGCACGUCAUGGCCGUGGUCUUCCGCUCCGACCGGCACGUGGCCAAGCACGGCUUCGCCGCCGCCUACAGGAAAGACGCCUGCGGUGGGCAGCUGACGGGGCUCUCUGGGGAGAUCACCAGCCCGCGCUACCCCGAGAGUUACCCCAACGAUGCCGAGUGCCGCUGGAGCAUCGGGGGCGCCAGCGGGGGUGGCCCCCUCACCCUGGUGUUCGCUGACUUCCAGAUGGAGGGGGGCCAAGGCUGUGGCUUUGACUACGUGGCCCUUUUUGAUGGCCCCACAGUUACUGCCCCCAGCCUGGGGCGUUACUGCGGCAGCGCCCGCCCACCCCGCACCGUCUCCUCCACCCCACACCUCCUCAUCAUCUUCAAGUCGGACUUCAACAUCGGUGGCAGGGGCUUCAAGGCCCAUUUCUACUCAGGUGAGUGCCAGGAGGUGUUCACCACCAUCAAAGGGAAUUUCUCCAGCCCUCAGUACCCCAACUUCUACCCCAACAAUCUCAAGUGCCAGUGGAUCAUCCAGCUGCCCCCGGGCUACCGGGUCAAGGUCUUCUUCCAGGACAUGGAGCUGGAGGGCCGGAGCAGCCUGACGGGGGGCUGUGACUAUGAUCACUUGUCUGCCUUUGAUGGUGGCACCGAGAGUGGAUCCCUGCUGGGCCGCUGGUGUGGGCGGGAGAGCCUGGCACCCGUCACCUCCCGCAGCAACCGGCUGCUCCUGCUCCUCCACACCGACCGCAACACAGCCAAGAGGGGCUUCUCCAUCUCCUACGUGGGAGUUGUGCCCAUGAAUGUCAGCUGCACCCGGACAGACUUCCACAUCCAGAUCCCUGUGCAGUCCCUGGCCCAGCUGGAGAGGAAUAGGAUUUAUCUGGGGACCCCAUCCUGUGCAGCCCAGGUGGUUGGCAGGAACUUUAAAAUACACACCAGGUUUGAUACCUGUGGCACUGAAUCCCAGAGACGCAACAACACGUCUGUCAUCAUCAGCACCCUCUACAUUGAUUUUUCAGUGGGAGACCAGGAGGACAUCCACCAGUACGAGGUGCAGUGUGAGCCAAAGAAGAAGGAAGCCUCAGUGACCCUUAUUGCUGGCCCUGAUCCAUCCAGGCUCAGCCAGGCAGAAAACCUGGUGGAUGCCCAGAAGUGGGAGGGGGAAACGGUCGAUGCCCGUGAGAUCAAGAGCCAGGACACCAGCGACAUCGUCUUCAUCAGCAUCUGCAUCCUGGCUGGGCUCCUCAUGGUCAUCGCAGUGGUGGGGCUGGUGCUUCUCUAGGAUGCUCUUUCCACACUCCAGGGAUUGCAGUCCCACUCAUGCCCAGGGCAGAAAGGCACCCCAAAAUCCACCCUCACCCCAAGCUGAACCCCAACACAGCUCCCAGGCCCUGAAACUGAGCCUGAACCCAACCUCCACCUUCUCUUAGUGCCUGAAAAAUCUGGGCAAUAGGCAGCCGUUUCCCUUCCCAAUUUGUUUUCCUCUGUUUCAAUCUGUCCAUUUGGCUCAGGAAUGCAAUUCUUGUGCUCCCUAACUCUUCCCACACCUGCUUCAAUUUGUUUUCCCUGUAGUGCUGCUGCUUUCAGGAAAGAAACGUUGUUUGCCGAUGGCUGCAAAUCUUCCUGUCAAUUAUUUCUAGCUGAAUUCUUGGAGGUACAAACCAUCCCCAAAUGCAGCUAUAUUCCCAACAAAUGUUCUCCCUGCUCCCAGCCCGUGCUUGGGGGGACUGUGGAGCUGUGUUACAGGGAUCUCCACCUGGCACACACAGAUGUAGCUCAUGCAGGUGCUCCCAGGUGAUGUUUCUGGGUGUCUGUGGGUGAUGUGAUGAGAUGAAUUUGCUGUGCCCUGGAGCUCCUUGUUUGAUCUUCUCAUGUUGUCUCACCUUCUCGCAGGACUCACCUGAGUGCCUCAGCCACCAGCAGCUGGAGGGGAGGAGAACAAUCCUCUUCUCCUCUGUGUUUUCCUCCUUUCCAGCAAAUCCAGGUAUCCACAGCUGUGAACUCUCUACCAGCAUUACUGCUGAAGUGUGAAAAUAUGGGCAAAUCCUGCUAUGGCCUGGGGAGAUGUUGGAGUGCAGAGGUUUUGGUAACCCUGUAAAGACAACCUUGGCAGGAGGGGCUGGGACCUCAGUGACACCAGAUCUCCACUCAUGGUCCCUGCAGAAGGCGAGUUCAGCACCUGAAAACAUGAAGAGUCCUGUGAACAUCUGCCCCUCCAGAAAACUGGAGAUCCUCGCCAAGAGCCCUGAUGGAUGGCUGAGUGACCUCUGCCUGCCUCUUGUGCCACCCCAGCACAAAGGACAUUGCCCUUCAGCAUCAAAGAGGGGGUGGCUGUCACAGAGCAGCCUGUGUUCAUCCCUGUGGCUCAGAGCCAGCGUGUGUCAAAGCCACGUAAAAUCUUGCUAUGGAAAGAGGCCACCCCUCCUCCUCCAGCCUUUGUGAAACACACUGCAGUGCAGGGAGAGAUCCUAAAGUAUCCCAGUAUGGUCAUUCAGGGCACAGCAAACCCCUGGUGCUGUUGAAUCCAGCAUUUAGCAGGGUCUGUAGGAGAGUCCCAUUGGUGAAAGGCUGCCCUGACUGAUGUCCUGCUUCCCUCUGGGACAGCUCUGUUCAUCGGGGCAUCAGAGGAAGCAGCAGCAAAGGAACAGGAUGAUGAUGAUGAUGAUGAUGGAGCAGCUUUUCCUCCUGGAUUGCACCAACCCUGAAAGAGUGUCUGGGGAGGGAAGAAGGCGCAGGGCUGCGCAUGCCUCUAAUGAGGAGCCUUCGUUACCAGAGCCCGGAUUGAUUUGGCGUUUGUUGGUGCAACACAUCGGCAAAUGCGAGAUUUGCGAGGGAAAUAUUUGCCAGCACUGUGAAGCUCCAUUAAGGGAAUGUUUUGAGAGCCUGUUGUGUGCAGAGAUGGUAAACAAGGCCAGCCUCCCCCGCUGCUUGCAGAGCCUCACUGCCGGUUAAUUGCCGGGUACAGAACUGUCAGCUUGAGACCACAGUUACAAGAUUUGACAACUGAAAGAAACUUAAAGAUAUAAUUAACCUUCUUGGUGGCCCAGAUUGUGCUGGAACAGGUGAGCACUGCGGCUGCUGGUGCCUGGCAGGGAGCCCACAGCACCCAGCAGCAUCCAGCCCUCGCCUGCAGGACAGGCACUCCUUGCCCAGCUGGAGCCUCCAGAACCCUGUGAUUUGCAGGGAAAAAGGCUUUUCUGGACAGCUGUUGGUGUUGCACUCAAAUCAGGAGCUGGACCUGGUCACCCCAGGGAGGAUUUCCAGUUCUGGCUCCAGUUCACAGCCACCCAAGCAUCGCUGGGUGAAGUGCUCCCCUGCACACAUCCCUGUGGAUGCAGGACUGGUGCUGUGGGAGCAGCUCUGCUCCUGAGUCAAGGGGAUCCCAGCAGCCCCAGGCCUGCAGGGUGUUAUCCAGGGUGGUGAAUGCAACUUGAAUGGCUCCAAAAGCCCUUGACCCACUUGUUUCUGAUGGCGUUCACAGCUGCAUCUGCCACCAGCAGUGAGCCACUCGAGCCAGUCAUCUCACCUGGAGCAAGGGAAGCCUCUGGUGCUCACCAAACACCAGCCCUCCUCAGCCUCCAGUCCUCCUCCACCAUGUCUCAGCCUCUCCACUAGAUUCAGGCAACCAGUCUCCCUGCCCUGCAGGAAUUUGCUCUCUGGCAUCCCCUGUUGAACCAGGGCUUCCCUGAUGUACUGCCCUGGCUGGGGAUGGAGCCCAGCAGGGGAGGGGGACUGCCCAGGUAAUUUCCUAAAAAAACCCCUUCUUCUCAUGCAAAAGCUGCUUAGAUGAGAGGCAAACAGAUACCAGGAAUGCACCACCCUCUCUCCACCAUGCCUGUGGUCCUCACACUCGGCCUCAGUUCCCUCCUCAGCGUUUGCCCGGUGCUCCCGAGCAGGCAGGGGAGCGGCGGGCACGGGCAGUGCUCCUCCCGUGCCUCAGCUGAUUAUUUAUUUAGAGCACGAUGGCUGCACUGAUCCGGGCUGGAUGCAGCCUCCCCCAUUUCCUGGCUUUGCUUUCAGGAGUUCUGUCUCUCCAAAGCAAAGGUUUGGCUGUUGUGCAGGAGGGAGAGCCUCUGUUAUCCCUCUGCGAACGUCUGCCUGCAAAUCCAGUGUUGGAAAAUUGUAGAUCAUAGAAAACAGGACUGCAAGAGCCCCCAGGGGAUCAGUUGGUUCAUUCCCCUCCUUCCCUGGGGAGAUUGCUCCUACUGGAGAGAAGCUGUGCUAAAAUAUCCAAAAAAUCUCA